AUGGCCGCUCCUUGGCCCUUUGUUGCAUGGGGAAUGGAUGUCAUCGGACCAAUUGAGCCAAAAGCUUCUAAUGGACAUCGAUUUAUUUUGGUCGUAGUCGAUUACUUUACUAAAUGGGUGGAGGCAAUCACUUUCAAGGUAGUCACUAAGAAGGCGGUCGUGGAUUUUGUCCAUUCAAACAUCAUUUGUCGUUUUGGUAUCCCAAGAACUAUCAUCACAGAUAAUGUUGCAAACCUUAAUAGCAAUUUGAUGAAGGAGGUAUGUGAGCAGUUCAAAAUUGUGCAUCACAAUUCUACUCCAUACCGACCAAAGGCCAACGGAGCUGUGGAGGCAGCCAACAAGAAUAUCAAAAAGAUUCUCAGGAAAAUGGUUCAAGGCACUAGACAAUGGCAUGAGAAGCUGCCUUUUGCACUUUUAAGAUAUCGCACAGCAGUGCGCACCUCGAUUGGUGCAACUCCUUAUUUGCUGGUGUAUGGGACUGAAGCUGUGCUACCAGCGGAAGUUGAAAUUCCAUCUCUUCAAAUUAUUGUCGAGGCUGAAAUUGAAGAUACUGAAUGGGUCAAAACCAGACUAGAGAAACUUACAUUAAUAGAUGAGAAGCGAUUGACGGCCGUCUGUUUUGGUCAGCUUUAUCAGCAAAGGAUGGCUGGUGCAUACAACAAAAAGGUGCACCCAAGACACUUUGAAGUAGGUCAACUGGUCUUAAAGCGCAUUCUCCCUCACCAAGAAGAGGCCAAGGGAAAGUUUCCCCCAAAUUGGCAAGGUCCAUAUCUUAUCAAGGAAAUGUUGUCCAAAUGA